AUGAUUGGGUGGAGCACGCCACCAAAAGGCGCCGGCCGUGCUGCAUCUCACACCCACUCGAUCCUGUGCUCCAUUGCCUCUUUUUUAAGUUGCCGCUCCCACGCCUCCGCCACUCGCCCGCCCCGCAGAACCCUCUUCCUCCUCACCCCCAGAAUGUCGACUCCAGAGGCGCCCGAGGCUGCGUCUGCCCCAGCCCCGGAAAUCCCCGACUCGGAUGCGGAGGUGUAUGCUGCCUCUGCUGCGGAAAACGCGCUGCCAAGCGACAAGCAAACCCCGUCCGCCCCGGAUGAUCUCUCCGCGCUGUCGGAAGCACUAGACGCGGCCGUGCUCGAAGAGAAAAACGCAGAUGCACACAAAGUCAUCGCAGGUGGAGAUGCGCCCCCCGCUGACCCCGCGGAGGACACGCCCACCCUCUCCAAGGAGGAGAUGGUCGAGGAGGCCUUGGCAUGCCCCUGCAUUGCCGCCAUGAGGGACGGGCCAUGCGGUGACGCCUUCACGUCGGCAUACCGUUGCUUUUUGGAGAGUGAAACUGAGCCCAAGGGCAUGAAUUGUAUUGACUCAUUUUCCGCAAUGCAGACGUGCAUGGUCGCUCAUCCGGAAGACUACCCGGUAGAUGAGGAUGGCGAUCCAAACCUGGCAGAAGGGAAAAUGGAGCAGCCUGAUGUGGCAGAAACAAAGUCGGCGGAAGGUGCCGACGUGCAGCAGACCCAGCCGCAAACCGCCGAGGUGUCGUCUUCACGUUGA